CCGUCGCGUCACGUUGACUUGGAUAGGAUCCACGACGGGAAAUCGGGGAGGAACCAGAUCCGAACCCUUUUGCGUAUCCCCAAAAUCCCACGGUGAGGGGAUUAAAGAACACAAACAAGAGUUUUAAGAAAACCAAACUGUUACGAUCUUCUGUGAGCUCAGCAAAGAAUUCCCCCAAGAAUAGAAGAUAGUGGUCCUUUGCCUUGUCACAAAGAUUUCUCCAUUACAGCAAUCGAAUGAAUCUAUACUUGUGAAGGACGAAAAUAUGGCCGAUAAGGGUCGAACCUUCCCCGUGGAUCCGAAUCUUCCUCGAUGGGUGUGCCAGAACUGCCGCCACUCCCUUUGCAUCUCCGGCGUCGACUCCUACGCCGACAAGUUCAUGAACGAUUCCACCUCUCGCUCUGCGAUGCAGGGUUUCUCAAUGCAUGGGGCUAACAGUGUGCUAGGCUCAACGCGAAUGGACAAUUCUUUUGUUGUGUUACCGAAACAAAGACCCCAAGCGCAGGGAGUUCCUCCACGUCCUCGAAAUGGAGCUGUUCAGCCUGAUAUGGGCCAGUCUGGAAAGGCCAUGGAAGAGUCUUUUGUAGUUGUAUAUAAAUCUGAGCCUGCAUCUGAUGGAGGUGGGACUCAUUUGCCAUCUUUAGAAGGAGGACCGAAUGGUCAGUUGCAGCCCAACAAUGCUGGGUUUCACUCUACCAUAACUGUCCUGAAGCGAGCCUUUGAGAUUGCUACAUCCCAGACACAGGUGGAGCAACCUUUAUGCCUCGAGUGUAUGAGGGUGCUGUCUGAUAAACUUGACAAGGAGGUUGAAGAUGUAAACAGAGAUAUUGAAGCAUAUGAAGCCUGCCUUCAACGUUUGGAGGGGGAAACCCGAGAUGUUCUUAGUGAGGCUGAUUUUCUUAAAGAGAAACUGAAGAUUGAAGAAGAAGAGAGGAAACUUGAAGCAGCAAUUGAGGAAAUAGAGAAACAAAAUGCAGAAGUUAAUGCCGAACUGAAGGAACUGGAGUUAAAAUCUGUCCGCUUUAAAGAGUUGGAAGAGCGGUAUUGGCAGGAAUUCAAUAAUUUUCAGUUUCAGUUGAUUUCACAUCAGGAAGAGAGAGAUGCAAUUCUAGCAAAAAUUGAAGUUUCACAAGCACAUUUGGAGUUGUUGAAGCAAACUAAUGUACUUAAUGAUGCCUUCCCCAUCCAUCACGAUGGAGAAUUUGGAACUAUAAACAAUUUCCGACUUGGAAGACUUCCUAAAAUUCCGGUUGAAUGGGAUGAGAUAAAUGCUGCCUGGGGCCAAGCUUGUCUUCUCCUCCACACAAUGUGUCAAUAUUUCAAGCCAAAAUUUCAAUAUCGAAUUAAAAUGCUUCCUAUGGGGAGCUACCCACGAAUUAUGGACACCAACAACAGUGUUUAUGAUUUGAAGGAAAGUGAAGGAAAAGAGGAAGAAAUGAGAGAGAGACAGAGAUGGAGAAAGAAGAUAGAAACAGAAUUUGAAGAAAAGAGCAGAUUGUUUGGUCCAGUGAACUUAUUUUGGAGUACUCGCUAUGACAAAGCAAUGACAUUGUUCUUGACAUGCCUCAAGGACUUUGCUGAAUUUGCAUACUUGAAGGAUCAAGAAAACAACAUUCCACCUGAGAAACGGUUCAAACUUCCAUACAAGAUUGAGGUUGACAAAGUAGAAAACCACUCUAUUACCCAGAGUUUCAAUAAGCAGGAGAAUUGGACCAAAGCUCUCAAGUACACACUCUGCAAUUUGAAAUGGGCUCUCUAUUGGUUUAUUGGAAAUACAAACUUUCAGCCUCUUAAUGCAAUGGUGUCUUCACGUGUCGAAGUUCCAGCUGUAAGCUCUUUGUACACAAAGCGUGGUGCUGAUUCCAAGUCUGAAUCUCGACACAUACCAAAAUAGUGAAAGCCAUCAUGGAGAAUUGCAAUAUAUGCAAAAGAUGCUAACUUGUGAAUAGAAAUUAAGCAAGUUUAAGUAAUCCUCGUCACAUCUUUAUCUGGAUUUAUUUUUCACACUAGAUUGGAAUGGGAAACAUUUUCAUCUAUACGUUGAUCUUUUGUAUAUUUGCCGAAAGGGUAGGAUAAAAAAAUCCAAACUGUGAUUCACAUUUAUAUCGAAAGUUAAUUUUUUUCAA